CCGUUUGCUUCUUGUUGCAUGCUGCCCUUCUCUUCUUUUCCUCCCCCUGCCCUGCCCCUUCACCACCACGUGCAGCCCAGAGUUCACGGAGAUAAGCUUCGUCCUUAGGUUGAGACUAUCGGACUAGCCGCCGAGCUACGAAAACAGCUGGGGCCCGCUGAGCGCUGCUCAGUGCUCACCCUGAACAUGGGCUCUGAAGCAACCACUCUCACCUACAGCAGACCGUCCACCAAGGCAGACAAGGUCGUCGCCAUGAACGGCCCCAACGGCAGCAUACAGCAGGUUCAUCCCCAUCGCUCGUCCAGGAGCAAGCGCAAAGCCCGGUCCUGGAGAGGCUAUCUGGCCGACAAGGGCCUCAAGAUCUUUGUGUGGUAUGCCCUGUACACCAUUGUGUUUACCUGCCCUCGCUCUCAGAACGACAUCACGGACGACACGAAUCAGAUAUGCAAGAACUACCUGCCCGCCAGAGAUUUCAUCCUGCCUCACGCACAGCCCUACUACGACCAACACCUCGCUCCGUAUGUCCAGCGAGCACAGCCCUACUACGACCUCGUCAACGAAAAGGCCUACAAGCCAGGGUACGCCGCGUACCAGACCUACGCCGCCCCUCGUGUGUCUCAAGCAAAAUCGCUCGGGCUGCAGCAAUGGGAACAGACUGUCAAGCCGCAACUCGAUUUGGCGCAACAGCAGGUGGACAAGCAGUAUCAGCAGACACUUGCACCCCACGUGAAGAAGGCGACAGAUGUGGUACAGCCAUACUAUGAUGGACUGGUAAACUCGGCAAGUGACAUUUGGCAGCUCGAGCUCGAGCCAGUGUACCGCAAGACUGCCCCGUACGCACACAAAGUUUAUCAGCAAGGACAGGCAUUCGCCAUACAGACCGCUCUACCACAGGCGCAGUAUGUUGGUAAUGCUGCCUAUAGUUUUUGGGCUCGCAACAUCUGGCCACGCAUACGUAUACUGUAUGGCGAGAAUGUCGAGCCUCAAUUGAUGCGUAUCACCGAGCGCCUUGGUCGCUACAAAGAUGGCAAGAAGCUAGAAGCCGAGAUUCAUAGUGUGGAAGCCUCCUCAAAGAUGUCGAAGUCUUCAGCGAGCGCCGAAUCGAUGGCAUCAUCUAUUGCCUCCACUCUGAGUGAAGCCACCGAAAGCCCCUCUUCUGCCGCCAGCGUCGCUGUCAGCUCGACCCCAACACCAUCCGCCGACCCUGCCAUCCAAUUCCAGGAGGAUCUCAAGAGCUGGGAAGAAAUCAGCCACAAAGCAGCUGAAGAGGGCUCGGAAGAUCUUGGUGAGCGCAUUCAGGACAUCACCGCUCAGCAAGUCAAGAGCGCCAAUAGUGUCGGAAGCGCUCUGGUUACACAGCUGGAGGCCACCAGUGCGAGCGCGCUGGAGGGCGUUAAAUCCCGUAUCCAGUCCAUUGUCAAGAGCUUGCCAGAGUACCCUGAAGACAAGGAUCUUGCAGCUGCUAACGAGCACCUUGUCCAAGCGGUGCGCUCAGCAGGACAGAGCAUCAAACAAAAGGCUCAGGCUGUUCGUGAGUGGCGCCAGACUCGACAGACUGAGACCGAGAGCCUUGUAGGCAAGGCACUCCAGUCGACCCUCGAGACCAUUGACAGCAUCCGCGAGCUCCGCUUGACUGAAAUCGGCCGCAAGUACGCUUCGUCCUCGCUCCCACAUAAGGAGUGGAGCAAGUACAACGACAUCAAGAAAGCCACUCAAACUUGGCGCAACGAUGUCGAGAAGGCUGCACGCGAGCACAAGGGGCUUGUAGACGCAACCUCUGCCGUCGAGGAGAUUGAGCAGAUUGCCAUGGGCAUCGCAGAAGAUUCUGCGAAAGAAUUGGCCCGGCUUAAGAAGUCUGGACAGUGGAAAAUUGCUGCCGAUGAUGCGAGCGACGACUUCGAAACUAAGACUGUGCCACCACCUGUGCGCAAAGCCAAAGAUUAUAUCGUGGAGCAAGCUGCCAGCCUCUCGGAGCAGGUCAUUGGGUCGUCUACUGGAUCGAUUGAGAGUGCUACAUCUGCUGUGGCCCAACAGGCGUCGCAGGCUGCGUCUCAAGCCAGUGAGGCCGUCUAUGGGUCCGCCGGAAGCGCCGAAAGCGUUGCCAGCCUUUGGUCAUCUGUGACGUCGAGUCUCUCCGAGCAAGCUAUCAGCGCGCCAACUGGAUCUGUCGAGAGUGCCACAAGUCAAGCGAAACAGUCGUAUUCCAGUGUUGCCUCUCACGGAUCAGAUUCCGUCUCUGUCGUCGCUAGCUCUGCUUCGAGCAUGGUAUUCGGCGAAUCCAGCUUGUCUGACACCAUUAGGCAGGCUGCCUCUUCUGUUUCCAGUGCCGUCGUCGGGGAAUCCAGCCUUGCAGAUACAGUAUCAAGUGUCGCAUCGCAGGCCUCGAGUUCCGCUUCGAACCUGGCAUCACAAGCAUCUAGCUCUGCCUCGAGCGUAGUUGUUGGAGAAUCGAGCCUGACAGAUACCAUUAAGGAAGCUGUCUCAUCGGCUUCGAGUGCGGUAGUGGGCGAGUCAAGCUUUACUGACUCCGUUGCUGAUGCACUUUCCUCGGCUACCGAAAGCGCGAAAAGUGUGAGCCCACAACUCGCCAGUAUCAUAGCUGCUCAACGCGACCAGGCCCAGGAAGUCAUUGAGCAGGCAACAGACAGUGUCUCCUCUCUGGUCAGCAGUGCCACCCACACGCCAAUUGCAUCUUCGAUCUCCUCGAGUGCUUCGUCUGUUGUGAGCGCCGCCUCUUCUACUGCUGCCUCCAUCUACAACGAUCUGCCGGAAGCUGAAGAAAUCGCCCACCAGCCAAGGAAGGUCUUUGGAGGUGCCAUGGCGCAGGAGCUCAAGGAACCGCGUGAGCCCAUUCUUGAAGGCGACUAUGGCGAUGUUGUGGACACUGGUGAUCUUGGUGGCAACGAUCGUGGUGAGAGCAUACAGCAGAUCAUACAGAACGCCUACAAGGCCGCUGCGCCGACCGAAGGCUCUUUGGAAAGUGCGUCCAGCCUUUACAGCAACGCCAUCAGCCAAGCAUCUUCACAAUAUGAUGUCGUGAAGUCUUACAUAUCUGCACAAAUCUCUGGAACGCCACUCCCUGUUCAGCAGCAGGUUCUCGAAAACGCCGGAGCCGCGUACUCAUCUGCAAUCACGGCUGCAUCGUACGCAGCAUAUGGCACGCCUAUCACCGCUGCACCCCUUGCCGCUGCUAGCUCAGCGUACAAUCAGGCCUUGAAUGAAGCGUCGAAGAGUUAUGCUUCUGUCCAAUCGCGCAUCUCGAGUGCAAUUUACGUUGCUGGCACCGCUGAGCCUGCACACCAACAAGUUCUUUCUUCAGCUCAAUCAGCAUACUCAUCGGCCCUCACUGCUGCUUCUUAUGCUGCGUAUGGCACACCAGUCACUGCUGCACCCUUAGCUGCAGCCAGCUCGGCCUAUUCCAGUGCUGCUCUCGAGGCGUCGAGGCACUAUAACGCCGUCAGGUCUCGUGUCUCUGCUCAAGUCUCAGGAACCCCUGAGCCUGUUCAGGAGCAAAUGUUCGCAUCUGCCGAAUCAGCGUAUUCUGGCGCCCUGCAGGCUGCUAGUUCCAGAUACUACUCCGCAUUUCCAACUCAGAACUACUUUGAGAGCAUAUCUUCUGUCGCAUCAUCGCGGCUCGCAGAUGGUGUCAGCUUGGCCCAGGAGCAAUAUCAGCAAGCAAAGAUCGCUGUCGGUGCUCAGCCAACACCUGCCCACCGGCAAUACAUCUCUUCAGCGCAGGCCGCCUACUACCAAGCACUCGGUCUGGCGCAUGGUCGUUACACUGAGUUUAUGGAUGCCGCUUCUAGUGUGAUCGCUCCGACCCCAACUGCCACGGGGUAUCAGAAGUCGGUCGAAGAUGCUCUCAGCGCAGCCAGAAGUGCUUAUACUGCGUACACAUCUGAAGCAUCAUCGAAAUAUGAGUCCUUGCUCGACAUGGCUAGUAGCGCGGCAAGCGCACAAAGCACUGGCGUCGAAAAGGGAACGCUCGCCCACUUGCAAGAGCAAAUGGCAGAUGCUGUCGCGUUGGCUUCAAGCAAGCUCGCAGAUGCCAGCACGUCUGUUAGCUCUGCUUAUGCUGCUCCGGUACCUACAGAGAAACCGCUCGCCUCGCAAGCCUCUGAAAAUUGGGAAGCUCUCAUAUCCAAGGCGAGCGAACAGGUCUACGGUGCGCCUCCGCCAUUCACUGCACAGGCUUACAGUUAUGCUACCGAGUAUGCUGGAUCGGUUACCGAAGCUGCUGCCCACGCAACUGCUGCUGCCGCUGCACAGUUUGAACAAGUCCAGGCUCUCUUCUCCGAGCUCAUUGUUGGGAAAGAAGCUGAUUUCACUGCCAGUGUGUACAGCAGACUUCAAUCUGCAUACGCCACAGCCGCUCCAGCCUUGGCAUCUCAGGUCUCGAGCUACGCCAGUGAUUCUUAUGAUUCUAUCUCAUCUGUCGUUUCGGCGGCAUUCAUCCCACCAACACAGGUUCCCACGAUUCUUGAGCAGGUCCAGGAGCAGUUGAACGCUGCAGUCAAUGCGGCUAGUGUGCAGGCAUAUGGCACAGAGAAGGGCAGGCUUCAGCAAGCUACUGAGGCCGCUGCCAGCAUGUAUAGCGAUGCUACGUCUCGAGGAUCUGAAGCUAUAUACGGGACUCCAGCACCGUAUGUCGCUGUCGCACAAUCCUCGGUCCUCAACAUUGGUGCCUCUGCUAGCUCUGCUAUCUCAGCAGCAAUUUUUGGUGGUCCCACGCCCACACUUGAGGCAGCAGGAAAUGCCGCUGCAUCUGUCGCAUCCUCGAUACAGAGCAAGGCUGCUGUGCAAGCCUCAUCCGCUAGCGCCGCUGUGAGCAGUGCUAUCUAUGGAGAGGAGCAGACAUAUAUGGAAGGUGUUCAAAGCCAACUGAGUGCGGCCAUGGCCAGUGCGAGCAGCAAAAUCGCAGCGUUCGGAGGAGAUGCUGGCAGUGCUAUGAGCGACGCUGUGAGCACCGCGAGCUCAGUCGCGGAGCAAGCCGCCAGCAGUGUCAGCUCGGCCGUCACCGCUGCGACCGAGCGGGUGAAGGAUGAGCUCUAGAGGAUAUCUAAAGUUACCUCCGAAUGCCCUCGGCAUCCCCGUCUUCAUGUACUCGCACGUACGAGAAGCGGUGCUCUCAGAGAGUCAAUGGAGAGUGGCUGGACAAGAAAUCACACGGCAGGCGCACAGAGGGUCACAGAACCUUUUGCGUGGAAAUGUCGUUGGCGUGUAACAUGAAAAGGGGGAGAGGAGAAAUGAGAAUAGCGACAGUAAUGAGAGAUUGGUCAAGGGUGGGACGUGAGUGGCCUGCUGGAAUGCGUUCUUUGGUUCUUUAUGGCGAUGAUAUCCCAUGACGCUUGUAACGUUUACGAAUACAUGUAUGCUACGGGUAGACAGAGUGUAAUGAGUGUAAAUGCGAAUAAAUCCG